ACCACGCGUCGCGGCUGCUUUCGUGCAAUUUCCUGUUGCCAAUUUUUUUCGCGAGUUCGGAAAAAAGUUUAGGCAAAUUAAUAAGAAAUUUAAAAAAAUUAAUUACAUUUGUCAAAAAAAAAAAUGUAGUUAAAAUUGACAAAAAAAAAAAAAAAAAAAACAAUUAACGAUUUAUAGUUAUAAAAAAAAUGUUACUAUAAAUUAAAAAAAAAAUGAUUAGUUAAAAAAAUUCGAAACAUUUAAAUAAAAAAAAGAAGAAAGAGAAAAUAAAAAAAAUAGUGCGGAAGAAGCAAAAGAAAAGGAUUUUUAUAUACAGAAGAUAAAGAUUGUGAACAAAAGAAAACAUAAAGUAGUGAGGGAAAAAAAAAAGAUGAGAAAAAGAAGUGAAAAGAAUAAAAUGAAGGAGAGACAACGAAAUAUUUCAAGAACGUUGAAAACGAAAAUGGCGCAUUUUGUAAUGUUUUUUGGUAGAUGAGGGCGGCUAGUUGGGCCGGGUUUGUGUCGCUUGAAACGCGACUGAUUAUGUCGCGGGCUUAUAAGUUUUUUCGCUCGACGUUUCCCUUUGCGGUCCUCUUCUUGCCCUUUCAUCGUCCGCACAUCCUCAUUGUCCUUGUUUUCAUUCUUCUAUGUUUCUCCAGUCAAAACGUCCUUUCAAGCGAAAAACUCCACUCCUCGAACGAUACAAAUAACAUUUAUAGUAAUAUCUCACUUCCCGAGUCUGAAAAGAUGGGAAGAUACGAAGGAAGAAGAAGAGAAGAAGGAGGAGGAGAUGAAGAAGAAAGAGAAGAAGGUGCAAGUUUAGACAAUCAGGAGAACUUUCUUGAGGACGAAGUUACUCAACAUAAAGACGACUAUGAGAACAGUAGUAGUAGUAGUAGUAGUAGUAUUGAUAAUAUCGAGAAGAAUAGAGAUAACAGAUCGUCGUUACUUUUAUUAUUGGAACGGACGAAAGACUCGACAAACAAUGAUCGGUGUCGCUUCAACUAUUGUGAGACGAAUGUUGAGGGCAACAAGAGGAAAGAAACAAGAGGAUUUCCAGUCACUAUACUCAACUUAGUUUCCGACGUUAAUGUCAGCGAUGAGAAUGCUGAAGCUGCCAACAGUGAAUCACCGUUCAUUGGUUUUGAGAGCUUCCAGAAAUUUCCCGUUAAGAUAACUCAGAAGCCUCCUUCUGGCGCGAGCGUGGAAAAGUUUGACAGAAGGCACUUUGGCCCUUCAAAGUUGGAAAUUACAAGGCAACCAUCAAAUAUAUCAACAUUAGACGCUACAGAGGCACUGCCGGAUUUACCGAUGAGCCCUAGUCGUGAUGUUGUGCCCCAUCGAAGAAAAGGCAAUAGUAGAGAAAAAAAUAAUGUGGAUCACUGGGAGAAUAAGGAAGAAAAGCAUCAAGAGGUCAAUGGUGAAGAUAACUUCACCCUCAGCUUUAACGACACCUUGGAGACGUUUGCCACGGAGGACAUUGUUAACUCGAAGAAUGCUCAAGUAUCGACAAUUGCAAGUGUUCCGAUAACAACCAGAAAGAUGUCUUGGUUACCUAACUAUCACAAGAACUUUGAAAAAGAUGAUCAUUUCAAUGGAAAUUGGUCGAAAAAUUUUCAAAAUCAAAAAGUCAAUGUCACAAUUUUGGGUCUUUUUGAAUUGACACAAAAAAAUGAGCCAAGACCCGAAGGUCCUAGUGAAUUGCAAGCUGCUAAAUUAGCAAUUGAUAAAAUUAAUCAAAUGGAAUUGCUGCCAAAAUUUCACUUACGACUUCAUCAUAACGAUACACAGUGUGAUCCUGGUGUAGCGGUUGAUCGUUUUUUUCAUGCAAUUUACUCCUCAAACAAAAAUAGUUUGAUGCCCCUUCUUCUUGGUACGGCAUGUUCGGAAGUCUCUGAAACCUUGGCAAAAAUUGUUCCCUAUUGGAACGUCGUUCAAGUUUCUUUUGGGUCAACGACACCUGCUCUCUCAGAUCCGACAGAAUUUCCACUUUUCAUACGAACCGUUGCUCCCGACUCGAGUCAUAAUUCUGCAAGAAUAGCUCUCAUCAAACAUUUUGGCUGGGACACAGUUUCCGCUUUUUCACAAAAUGGAGAUAUGUAUGCUUUAGCUGUGAACGAUCUGGUCACAGAAUUGGAACAGGCAAACAUCACGUGCACCGCGACCAUCACGUUCGCUGAAAAUGAUUAUAAGGAACAGCUGCGAACCCUCAAGGACUUGGAUACGAGAAUAAUCAUUGGAAGUUUUUCGCCUAGGUUAGCGCCGCACGUUUUUUGCGAGGCUUGGAAAUUGGGUAUGCACGGAGGAGAUUACGCUUGGAUCUUGCCAGGAGACACGAUAGACCUAUCAGGAAUGACAGGCGAUUGGUGGCACAUCAGACCAGACAACUGUUCUCCAUCUCAACUAUUACAAACCUUGGAUGGUCUCAUUAUUGUAAAGAGCCACGGAGCGAUAUUGAGUGACGAUAUUAGCCAUUCAGGAUUGACAAGUUCAGAAUUUACAGCAGAAUUAGCAAAACGAGGUGUCACAGUGUCACAAUACGCAGCCCAAACUUACGAUGCUGUUUGGGCAGUGGCUGUAGCUAUGAAUAAAUCUGAAGCAUUUUUAAACAAGAAAAAUGUCAGUUUUUCUCAAUAUUCUCAUAAGAGACAAGACUUGGCAUACUAUCUUCUUGGACAAAUGAAGGACUUGCAUUUCAAUGGAGUUUCGGGUCCAGUAUCAUUUGAUGGUGCAGAUCGUGUUGGAAUAACAGCCUUCUAUCAAAUGCAGGGUCACGAUCAACGAAGAAUAGCCAUAUUUACACCUGAUGACGGUCAACUGAUAAUGAACUGCCCGGGGUGUGCAAUCACACGAUGGCCAGGCGGACAUCCUCCAGCUGCGAGAAGAGUUUUUCGAUUGAGAGUUGUAACAGUGGCACCAGCGGCCUUUCUCGUUGUCACGUGUCUCUCCAGCGUGGGAGUCACCCUAGCUCUUGCUUUUUUGGCAUUUAAUCUUCACUUUCGUAAGCACAAGAGUAUAAAGCUUUCAAGUCCAAGAUUGAACAAUAUGGCGGCAGUUGGUUGUGGCUUAGUUUACGGGGCUGUCGUUUUACUUGGUCUGGACCAUGCAACUUUACCAGACAGUGAUGAUUAUUUCCCCGUAGUCUGUACAGCGAGAGUUUAUCUUCUCUCUGCGGGAUUUUCUCUAGCGUUCGGUUCCAUGUUCACUAAAACUUACAGAGUUCAUCGAAUAUUCACCAGAAGUAGAAGUGGAGUCGUGAAAAAAAAGCUACUUCAGGAUACUCAACUAAUUAGUCUAAUUUGUGUAUUGCUUUUAAUUGAUGGUCUUGUGGUCACUUUGUGGGUUACGAUGGAUCCAAUGCAACGACAUUUACGGAAUCUCACUCUUGAAAUUAAUCCCCAGGAAAGGGGUGUCGUUUAUCAACCUCAAGUGGAGGUUUGUCGAUCUCAACACACCAAUGGUUGGCUGGGAGCUCUUUACGUUUAUAAAGGUCUACUUCUGGUUGUCGGUGUCUACAUGGCAUGGGAAACGAGACACGUGAAAAUUCCGGCAUUAAACGACUCGCAAUAUAUUGGAAUGAGUGUUUAUUCAGUAGUAAUUACUUCUGGAAUUGUAGUAGCUUUAGCGAACUUGAUAUCCGAUCAGGCGACACUAGCUUUCGUCACAAUCACUGCUUUAAUCUUGGCUUCAACAACAGCCACACUAGCUUUACUAUUUCUACCACAACUGACAAAUAUCUUGUCCGGAGAAAGAGCGGAUCCAGUUAUUCAGAGUUUGGGUCUUAAAAUUGAAUGCAACACCAGAAGAUUUGUCACCGAUGACAAAAGGGAGUUGCAGUAUCGAGUAGAAGUGCAAAAUCGAGUAUAUCGUAGAGAGAUGGCUCAGCUGGAACUAGAAUUAGCCAGAUUGGAGAAACAAUUAGGCCAGGAGAAUGUUGAUCCUUCGCAAGGUUCCUCCAAUGCCUCAAUUCCACAAAGGAAUCCAAGCAUAAGUGGUGGCCUACCUCUUCUAUUACUUAGCGUCCUACCACCAGUGAUUCCAAGAGCUAGCUGGCCAUCUGCCGAUCCUUCUGGCAUGCGACGAGGUACCGUAGCGUUUAGCAGUCAACCGGAUCUCCCGGAUGGUGGUCCCAGGAGAAGCUUGGUCGACAUUUACAAGCUUCACCAACGCAGAGAAACAGAGGGACCAACUCGUCUAGGGGUCUUUCAACGCCUAAUCAGUCUCUUUGGCAGUCGACCAUCAAGCAGAAAAGCUUCAACUGCAUCCUUUACUGGUGUUGCAUCAGCGUUGAGAGUUCAUAUGGGAUACAUUGCUGGUUUAGUGCCAGGGACGAAAGCUGCUUCAACUUAUCAAGUGGACGCCCAGGGCACUCGUUCUCAUCUUCGAUGCGGGUCAGGACCAAUAAUUAGCAUUACAAGUGAGGAAGAUCGCCGACUGAGCCUCGGGCUUCGACGCAAAGAAAGCUCCGAACCAAGGGUCAACUUUAUCCUUCCCUCUCAUUCGAGCGCAAAUAAUUCAUCAUCAUCACGUGAGAAAAUUCGAGGUUCACCUCGAUUUCCACAUCGAAUUGUACCUGCCAAUAGUCUCGGGACAAUUUCUUCGUUUUCAACUAUUGGAAUAUCAAGACCACAUCGUUGGCAUUCGAUGGAGGAUGCAUGGAAACCAAAAUUCACAGGAACCCCACGAGGAUCAUGUCAUCAAAACAGUGAUGUCUGGGCAACGCAAGAAGUUGGAAUUCCCCUUAGUGAAUUGGGCAACACAUUCCGCGGGAGACGACCUCCGGACUAUCAAUCAUUGAAUUUAACAAUUCCAGCUGACUCAGACGUCAGUCCCGACGAUGUAAGACUCGGUAGUGAUCUUCGAAAACUUUUUCAAGAAAAAGAUGAUGUAUCCGAAUUGAGCAGUCCCAUUGAUUUGGAACAAAGAAAUAAUCUAACAAUAAUCACAUCGCCAACUGCUCUUAGGAUAUCGAAUGUGAUUGCCGAACUUUCGAGAACAAAUGGAUCAAUUGUGACUGUUACCAGUAGUAGUAGUAGUAGUAGUUGUUGUUGUAGUAGUAGUGCUCAAGAAAAUGGUUUGGGUGUUUCAAAUGAAGAAUGUACAGUAUCUCAAAGUUCCAGACAAAUUUUGCGAACUAAUUUAGACAGUCAAAUUUAUGAGACUGUGGAUUUGUCCUCGUCAUUUGAUGAUCAUGGACCCACAGCCGUUUAAUUUUUAAUGAAUGUGUUCCUUAGUUGACGUGCCAAAAACAAAAUCAGGCCCACAGAAGAUAUUCUUGGAUAAGAUUUGCAAGUCUAUUUAUUAAGAUGAAAUACUGACAUAAUAUAUUGUAUAUUUAUCGUGCAUGCGGAGAAUUCUAAGGGACCAAGGCGCUUGUUACUUGAAAGCCACUAAAUGUUCACUAUAUGUCCUAUAUUAUAUGUGUAAAUUAUCGCGCAUAUUUUCUUAAAAAAAAAUCUCUCGAACUAAUUGAGAUUAAUCAAAUAACCAUAUAGAAUAUAUAAUGGAUCUUUAAAUGUGUGAAUUCUAUAUACAAAUUUGCGUUUAUAAUAAUUGUAUUAAAAUUUUUCAUUUUGGCAAAUUCAUAUUUUUUUUUAAUUAUCAUUUAAUUUUUCUAAUACAAAUUUCCAAAUGCCUCGUUUCGAAUGAUAUUUCUUCGCUCUAGAAGAUUGUAUAAAUAAUUAAGAUUUAUAAUUCUAAUUACGACAGUUAGAUGCAAUUUCGUUUCACGAGUCCAUUGAUACAAAAAAUUUGUUUUUCACUAUAUGUCACGUAUGUUUUUUCAGAGACGAAUGAAUAAACAUUAAAGAUAAUUUUUCAAAAUUAUGAUUUAAGAAAAAAUGUGCCACAAAUUGAAGUCAAGCGUGCUUUAAAAAAAAUAUAUUUUAAAACAAUUUUAUAAAAUCAGCAAACUAUACACUGAGAAAAAUGUUUAGUAUCAUCUACCAAAGUUUGGUUCUCUCUACCAAAUUUUUUAUUUGAUAUAUGUGCAACUAAUCCGUUUGGUUCGGGCUACUAAAUUUUUUCGUUGAAUCAUUUUGUUCGGUCUACCAAAUUUUUUGUUUUGCACAACUAACUUAUUGUUUUUAAGCAAACAAAAAAUUUAGUUAACUGAAAAUUUUUUUUUUGUUUUCUCAACCAACUUAUUUUUUUGUUUCACCCUUUUCUCUUUAUAUAACCUAACUAUGCCUACUUAAAUUAAUUUCUAUCGCGGAAAAAACCUAACACUGCUGGGGCUCGAACCCUCAGACUACGCAACGCUAGUCGAGAACGCUGACCACUACUCUACGAAUCCUACUAACAAUUUGAGAUUAAAUCAUUUUCACAAUGUAUAAAAGCUGGAAAAAAACUUUCGUUCUUGUAACAAGUUUUAUUUAUUUAUUUUCACUACACAAACUUUUUUUUUUAAAAAAUGUCUGAAAAACAUAAAAACUUCAACACUGAAACUUCACGACGCGAACGACAUAUGGUUAAUGUUGACAUCCCGUGAAUGGGAAGCGACGCCAUAUUUACGAGAAGAGCGCGUGCGCAAUACAGCAUGUCAGCUAUUUAGUACUGGGAACCAAACUAUUUAGUUCGUAAACAUGAAAGCUUCAAAUACAUUUUUUGGUAGAGCCAACUAAACUUCCCGAUUUAUUGCCACUUUCUAUUCUGUUGUGACAACCAUAUUUUAGUAACGCCAACUAAAAAAGCUCAACUAAAUUAUUUUCUUAUUAUUACGAAAUUAUUUUUCUCAGUGUAAUUUUGAAGUAUAUUUACGUUACUACGAGUCACAAAUGCAAAGAAUUUAGGAUAAAUAUCGUAAAAUUAAUAAGAUAUUGGCAAAAGAAAAUUAUUAUACCGGGUGACUCACAAAAAUUCAUUUAAACUAAAAUCAUUAUAAAUUAUAAUUAUUUGAACGAUUUUAUUACGUUUAAUUAAAAAAAAAUACAAUGCUGCCAUGUUCCACGGAACUUUUGCCGAAAUAUUUAUUUAGUUCACUUUAAAAAUCUUUUUUAUAUAUUAAUUGACGGUGAAGGCUCAUUUAAAAAAAUUUUUACAUUAUUUUAGGGGUUUAAUUUAUCAAAAAAUCAUAUUUGUAAGACAAUAUCUUUACUAAAAUUGUUCAAAAAAA